AUGGGGAAGGAGCAGGAGCUGGUGCAGGCAGUGAAGGCGGAGGACGUGGGGACCGCGCAGAGGCUGCUGCAGAGGCCGCGGCCCGGGAAGGCCAAGCUCCUGGGCUCCACCAAGAAGAUCAAUGUCAAUUUCCAAGACCCUGAUGGCUUUUCAGCCCUGCACCACGCGGCCCUGAAUGGCAACACAGAGCUGAUCACCUUGCUGCUGGAGGCCCAGGCUGCUGUGGACAUCAAGGACAACAAAGGCAUGCGGCCUCUGCACUACGCGGCCUGGCAGGGCCGGAAGGAGCCCAUGAAGCUGGUGCUGAAGGCGGGCUCGGCGGUGAACAUCCCGUCCGACGAGGGCCACAUCCCCCUGCACUUGGCGGCUCAGCACGGUCACUAUGAUGUGUCCGAAAUGCUGCUGCAGCACCAGUCCAACCCCUGCAUGGUGGACAACUCAGGCAAGACGCCCCUGGACCUGGCCUGUGAGUUUGGCCGCGUCGGGGUGGUCCAGCUGCUGCUAAGCAGCAACAUGUGUACGGCCUUGCUGGAGCCCCGGCCGGGGGACACCACUGACCCCAACGGCACCAGCCCCCUGCACCUGGCAGCCAAGAAUGGCCACAUUGAUAUCAUCAGACUGCUGCUCCAAGCCGGCAUCGACAUUAACCGCCAGACCAAGUCUGGCACCGCCCUGCAUGAAGCUGCGCUCUGUGGGAAGACGGAGGUGGUUCGGCUACUGCUGGAUAAUGGGAUCAAUGCCCACGUGAGGAACACCUACAGCCAGACCGCCCUGGACAUUGUGCAUCAGUUCACCACCUCCCAGGCCAGCAAGGAGAUCAAGCAGCUGCUGCGAGAGGCCUCGGCGGCCCUGCAGGUCCGGGCGACCAAGGAUUACUGCAACAACUACGACCUGACCAGCCUCAACGUGAAAGCUGGGGACAUCAUCACAGUCCUUGAGCAGCACCCAGAUGGCCGCUGGAAGGGAUGUAUCCAUGACAACAGGACAGGCAAUGACCGUGUGGGCUACUUCCCAUCUUCCCUGGGCGAGGCCAUCGUCAAGCGAGCAGGUCCCCGAGCAGGUGCCGAACCAAGUCCACCCCAGGGAGGCAGCUCCGCAGGGCCCGCUGCGCCCCCCGAGGAGAUCUGGGUGCUGAGGAAGCCUUUUGCAGGUGGGGACCGCAGUGGCAGCUUGAGCAGCGCGGCUGGGGGCCGGAGCAGUGGGGGCCACGCCCUGCACGCUGGCUCUGAAGGGGUCAAGCUCCUGGCAACGGUGCUCUCCCAGAAGCCGGUGUCCGACUCCAGCCCCGGGGACAGCCCGGUCAAGCCUCUGGAAGGCCCUGCAGGUGCGACCCGGGCCCAGCCUCCAGUGGCCCACGCGGGGCCGGGCUAUGGGGAGCAGCCACCCAAGAAGCUGGAGGCGGCGUCCGAGGGCAAGGGCGCCGAGGCUGUCAGCCAGUGGCUUGCCACAUUCCAGCUGCAGCUCUAUGCCCCCAACUUCAUCAGCGCCGGCUAUGACCUGCCCACCAUCAGCCGCAUGACCCCCGAGGACCUCACUGCCAUCGGGGUCACCAAGCCCGGCCACCGGAAGAAAAUCACUGCGGAGAUCAGUGGUCUGAGCCUCCCUGACUGGCUGCCCGAGCACAAACCUGCGAACCUGGCCGUGUGGCUGUCCAUGAUUGGCCUGGCGCAGUACUACAAGGUGCUGGUGGACAACGGCUACGAGAACAUUGACUUCAUCACUGACAUCACCUGGGAGGAUCUGCAGGAGAUCGGCAUCACCAAGCUGGGCCACCAGAAGAAGCUGAUGCUGGCUGUGCGGAAACUGGCGGAGCUGCAGAAGGCAGAAUACGCCAAGUACGAGGGGGGACCCCUGCGCCGGAAGGCACCGCAGUCGCUGGAGGUGAUGGCCAUCGAGUCGCCACCCCCACCGGAGCCUGCCCCGGCUGACUGCCAGUCUCCGAAGAUGACCACCUUCCAGGACAGCGAGCUCAGCGGGGAGCUGCAGGCAGCUUUGACCGGCCCGGCCGAAGGGGCUGCUGCUGCCACCGCCCCAGCUGAAAAGCCCGCCAACCACCUGCCGCCCGCCCCUAGGGCCUCGGGGAGGCAGGAGCCCAGCCUGGGGGGGAGGGCGCGGCACAUGAGCAGCUCCCAGGAGCUGCUGGGCGACGGGCCCCCGGGGCCCAGCAGCCCCAUGUCACGGAGCCAGGAGUACCUGCUCGAUGAGGGGCCGGUCCCCGGAACUCCCCCAAAGGAGGCCCGGCCCAGCCGCCACGGCCACAGUGUCAAGCGGGCCAGUGUGCCCCCCGUGCCUGGCAAGCCUCGGCAGGUCCUGCCGCCAGGGGCCAGCCACUUCACGCCCCCCCAGACACCCACGAAACCCCGGCCAAGCUCCCCGCAGGCCCUGGGGGGGCCUCAUGGCCCAGCGCCAGCCACAGCCAAGGUGAAGCCCACCCCUCAGCUGCUGCCGCCUACAGAACGACCCAUGUCCCCCCGCUCGCUGCCUCAGUCACCCACUCACCGCGGCUUCGCCUAUGUGCUGCCCCAACCAGUGGAGAGCGAGGCUGGGCCGGCUGCCCCAGGGCCCACACCCACGCCGGUGCCGACGCUGUGCCUGCCGCCCGAGGCUGAUGCAGAGCCAGGGAGGCCCAAGAAGCGCGCCCACAGCCUGAAUCGCUAUGCAGCAUCGGACAGCGAGCCGGAGCGGGACGAGUUGCUGGUGCCGGCCGCCGCUGGGCCCUACGCCACGGUCCAGCGGCGCGUGGGCCGCAGCCACUCGGUGCGGGCGCCCACCGGUGCAGACAAGAACGUCAACCGCAGUCAGUCGUUUGCCGUGCGGCCGCGGAAGAAGGGGCCGCCCCCACCCCCGCCCAAGCGCUCCAGCUCCGCCAUGGCCAGUGCCAACCUUGCCGAUGAGCCAGCGCCAGACGUGGAGACCGAGGGGGCCGGGGCUGAGGACGGCCGGCUGGGGGUCCGGGCGCAGCGCCGGCGGGCCAGUGACCUGGCUGGCAGUGUGGACACAGGAAGUGCCGGCAGCGUGAAGAGCAUCGCAGCCAUGCUUGAGCUGUCAUCCAUCGGGGGUGGGGGCCGGGCAGCCCGUAGGCCCCCUGAGGGCCACCCCAUGCCUCACCCUGCCAGCCCGGAGCCAGGCCGGGUGGCCACGGUGCUGGCCUCGGUGAAGCACAAGGAGGCCAUUGGACCUGACGGAGAGGUGGUGAACCGGCGUCGCACACUAAGCGGGCCUGUCACGGGACUCCUGGCCACUGCUCGCCGGGGUCCUGGAGAGCCAGCAGGGCCUGCAGACCAUGGCCAGUUGGUAGAAGAGGGUGCUGCCCGGCAGCGGCCCCGAGGUCCAGCCAAGGGCGAGGCGGGUGCAGAGGGCCCGCCCCUAGCCAGGGUGGAGGCCAGUGCCACCCUCAAGAGGCGCAUCCGGGCCAAGCAGAGCCAGCAAGAGAACGUCAAGUUCAUCCUAACUGAGUCUGACACGGUCAAGCGCCGGCCCAAGGUCAAGCAGCGGGAGGCGGGUCCCGAGCCUCCCCCACCGCCGCUGUCUGUGUACCAGAACGGAACAGGCACUGUGCGCCGCCGGCCGGCCUCUGAGCAGGCUGGGCCCCCAGAGCUGCCCCCGCCACCCCCGCCUGCUGAGCCCCCGCCCUCUGACCUCAUGCACCUGCCCCCACUGCCCCUGCCAGACAGCGAUGCCCGGAAGCUGGCCAAGCCACCUGUCUCUCCCAAGCCUGUUCUGGCUCAGCCCGUACCCAAGAUCCAGGGCUCGCCCACACCUGCCUCCAAGAAGGUGCCACUGCCAGGUCCCGGCAGCCCAGAGGUGAAGCGUGCGCACGGCACGCCUCCGCCCGUGUCUCCCAAGCCGCCGCCACCGCCCACGGCGCCAAAGCCGGCCAAGGCCGCGGCGGGGCUGCAGUCGGGCAGUGCCAGCCCGUCGCCCGCGCCCUCGCCGGCGCGCCAGCAACCUGCCGCCCUCGCCAAGCCGGUCAGCACGUCGCCCGCGCUGAGCGCCAGCCCCGCCAGCCCCGCCAGGCCGCCGUCGCCCGGUGCGCCCGCGCUGCACGUGCCCGCCAAGCCGCCGCGCGCUGCCGCCGCGGCUACAGGGCCCCCAGCUGCGCCAGACGGCGCCUCGCCGGGGGACAGCGCCCGGCAGAAGCUGGAGGAGACGAGCGCGUGCCUGGCGGCGGCGCUGCAAGCCGUAGAAGAGAAGAUCCGGCAGGAGGACGCGCAGGGCUCGCGCCCCUCGGCCGCGGAGGAGAAGAGCACUGGCAGCAUCCUUGACGACAUUGGCAGCAUGUUUGACGACCUGGCCGACCAGCUGGACGCCAUGCUGGAGUGA